GGAUCUGCUUCCUACCCGGAACCUCAUAUAGGGAUCUGCUUCCUACCCGGAACCUCAUAUAGGGAUCUGCUUAUUACCCUGAACCUGCACUAUGCAGGGACUUGGGAGAGACACACAGAACAGGGACUCCCCAAAGAGGGAGAAGGAUCUGAGGGGCUCAGCAAUACUGCACCAGCAGAGACGCCUCAAACAAGCCACGCAGUUUGUGCACAAAGACUCUGCGGAUCUUCUGCCACUGGACCAGCUGCGGAGACUGGGGACCAGUAAAGACCUGCAGCCACACAGUGUGAUCCAGAGACGGCUCAUGGGGGGCAGCCUGAGCAUCGAAAGCGAUAACCCUGUAUUUCCAACUUCCCCGUGCAACAGGGGGAGAGACGCACCCCCCCAGGGUGAUGAGACGAUACAGCCAACUAAGUUGGGUGAGGAGACCCCCGGUUGCUGGAAGGAACAAGCUCUACUCAUACCCUGCAAGUCCUUCCUUCUAGACCUUAAUAUCUACUAUUGUUGUGUUUUGUAA